UUUUUGGGGUGACGAAUAUUGUUUAAACCUGUCAGUGACAAGCUUUUUUGGAAAGUCAUGCCAAUGGAUUGUAUCAGGGAGAAGAAUUUUUCUCUCAGCGACAAUGUCAAGGUCCUGUGAUGGCGCACCCGCAAGCAUGGCAAACCAGAUUGUAUGUGAUACUGCUCAACCAUAUCGUCGAAUGCCUCCAUCCACCGCCGCCAACGGCCGUUCCGCGCAAACCUAUCUCAUUGAUUUUGGCCUUGCAAGAAAAUUCAAAAGGCAUUGCUGCGAGCGAAACCACCCCAGUCCAUCUCUUACAUCUCUUUAUAUCAAAAUAUUGUCCUUUCUGUGGCGUACGUUGUUUCGUGAAUAUAAUGCCUCCAUCCAUCGUCGACAAUGACCGCUUCAUGCUCCUUAGGCAGCUAGGAGCAGGAGCAUGUGGCCAAGUGUAUCUUGCUGUGGACACCGUAGAGUCCAAGCUUGUCGCUGCCAAAGUGGAAGCUAAAGAGAAGAGCCCGCUCUUGUACCGCGAGUAUCGAUGCUAUGAAGAUCUCGUUGCGAGGGGGACCUGCCAAGCACCCAAGCCGUUGUACUUUGGUACUCAAGGCAACUAUAACGCUCUAGUUAUGGAUUUGAUGGGUCCCUCUCUUGAAAGUCUCUUUGAGAUGUGCGACAAGUCGUUUUCCCUACGAACAGUUAGUAUUUUGGGCUUGCAGUUGUUGCGGCGGCUGGAGUUCAUUCAUUCGAAGGGCAUCCUGCAUCGCGACAUUAAACCCGACAAUACUGUCAUGGGGGUGGACGGUGAUGAGAACAAGGUUUACCUUAUUGAUUUUGGGCUAUCAAAAAGGUUUAUGGUCGACGAGAAACAUAUUGCCUGGAGGGAAAGUCUUUGAUUUGUGGGCACGCCAUUAUUCUCAAGCAUUGACGACAUAGGUGAGGUGCAAAGUACACGGAACGAUUCAGAAUUGCGCGGUCACAUGCAUCUUGUCGCUUUGAAAGCUACACUCUGCCGUGGA